UGCCCACUGGGGCACAGGGCAGAGAAAUAGCCACUGAGGAGACACAAUGGGGCACUUUGUCCUCUGGAUCGUGGAGCUAUGGGGGGGCUGGACAGGGGGGGUUGUCAUGUUUCCACUGUGAAUAACAAGGACACGGUCCCUGCAGUCCUGCAAUAACACCCACCAGGACCCUCUCUCACCCAAGCAUGGGGUAUGCAGACCCCUCAUCCAGCAGAGACCUGCUGGGCAGCAGAACUUUAUUCUUCAUAUUCAUCUGUGCCUUUGCUCUGGUGACCUUACUGCAACAGAUCCUGUACGGGAGAAACUACAUAAAGAGAGGACUGCAGUUUAGCUGGCAGAAUGGAGAGGAAUUGGGAAAUUGGACCAGGAUCUUUAAUUUCACGGAUGACGGAGCGGUGAAGACUGGCGGUGGCGCGGGCGGCAGGUACUUCGAAUUUUACGAGGGUCCCUUGGAUUUCAACUCCACGAAAUGUUUGGAGCUGAGACAGGACAUCAAGGACGUGAAAGUUCUUUCUAUGGUUAAAGAAUCGGAAUUAUUUGACAGAUGGAAAAGUCUCCAGAUUUGCAAAUGGGAGAUGAACGCGUCUGAAGCAAAUAUAUUCAAGACGGCGCUGUCAAGGUGCUGCAACGCCCCAUCCUUUCUCUUCACCACCCAGAAGAACACCCCACUUGGGACAAAACUCCGAUACGAAGUAGACACCAGUGGCAUAUUUCAGAUCACUUCUGAAGUAUUCAAGAUCUUUCCCAAGGAGAUGCCUUAUUCCCGUUCCCAGUUUAAGAAAUGCGCCGUGGUAGGGAACGGCGGAAUCCUAAAGAACAGCAAAUGCGGGAAAGAGAUUGACAGCGCCGAUUUCGUAUUUCGAUGUAAUCUGCCUCCUGUAUCCGAGAAAUAUGCGGACGACGUUGGGAAGAAAACAGACGUGGUGACAAUCAACCCAAGCAUUAUCACGGAGAGGUUUCACAAACUGGAGAAAUGGAGAAGACCUUUUUUCGAGGUGUUGCAAGAAUACGAAAACGCGUCGCUGCUCCUGCCUGCUUUUUACAACACCCGCAACACGGACGUGUCCAUCCGGGUCAAGUAUGUCCUGGACGAUUUUGAGUCCCAGCAAGCUGUGUAUUAUUUCCACCCCCUGUAUCUAAUCAACGUGUCUCGCUUCUGGCUCACCCAAGGCAUAAGAGCGAAACGCGUCAGCAGCGGCCUGAUCCUGGUGACCGCCGCCCUGGAGCUGUGCGAGGAGGUCCACCUCUACGGCUUCUGGGGCUUCCCCAUGGACCCCUCAGGGAUCUUCAUUACUCACCAUUACUACGACAAUGUGAAACCUCGCCCUGGCUUCCACGCCAUGCCUUCGGAGAUUUUUACCUUCAUACACAUGCACAGCCGAGGCAUCCUGCGCGUGCACACAGGCACCUGCUGCUGAGGAAGCCCUAGAUGCUCCCGCAUCCACCAAACAACGAUUAUGCAAUAAUGCCAUGAUACAAACUACGUAGGACAAGGCCUCCAUUUCAGCUGGCGAUUUGCCAGCAUCGUCCAAAAUGACUUUAAAAAAGCCAACAUAAAACGCGUUGGUCAAGUGAACGGGAAAUUCCAUACUAUAAAA